UAGCUCAGCCUGGGCGCAGCAGCGGGGGCCUGAGCGUGGGCGCCGGAGCCGAACCUCGGGGAUGCUUCGGACUCCCGAGCCGCGGCCCGGGGAGGCGGGGGCAGCUAGCUGCAGCCCCCGGGCCGCGCCGCCCACCCAGUCCAAGCCGCUCACCUCCUUCCUUAUCCAGGACAUCCUGCGGGAAGGCGCUGAUCGGCGCGGAGGUCACGCGGGCAGCCCGCAGCCCCCGCCGCAGCCUCCGCGCCAGCCUGACCGGAGGCGAGACCCUGAGCCGGAGCCCGAGGGAGGAAGAGGCGGCGCCGGGGCGCCGGAGGACCAGCCGAGAGCCCGGCCCCGCGCUGCGCGCGGGGAGGCCGAGCAGCCGGCGGAGACCGAGCCAGAUAGGCACUUUGAGGCUUAUCUGUUGGACGCCUUACCGAGCCUGCCCCCAGCCCCCAAGCAGCCACAGAAGCGCUCCCGGGCCGCCUUCUCACACACUCAGGUCAUUGAGCUGGAGAGGAAGUUCAGUCACCAGAAGUAUCUGUCAGCUCCCGAAAGGGCUCACCUGGCCAAGAACCUCAAGCUCACGGAGACCCAAGUGAAAAUAUGGUUCCAGAACAGACGCUAUAAGACCAAGCGGAAGCAGCUCACCUCAGACCUGGGAGACCUGGAGAAGCAUCCUUCCUUGCCAGCUCUGAAAGAGGAGGGCUUCUCGCGGGGCUCCCUCAUCUCCAUGCAAAACACCUGCCCUUACUACCCCUACCUUUACUGCUUGGCAGGCUGGAGCCCAGCUUUCUGGUAACACCGCCGACAACCACGAGGGAUCAAGAACUGCCUUCCCCAGGUGGUCCCUCUGGAAGGCAAAAGGGCCCGGGGUCAGGGAAGGCUGAGCAGGAAGAGGCACGAGACCAAAACUGUUGGAGGUUUGCAUGGAAAUCCCAGAUUCCUCACUGGUGGGCCAAUGAAAGAUCUGGGACAGGGAAUGCUUUAAUAUCCAAAGAGUUCCCCCAACACAGAACGUAGGUCAUUUUUGCUUUUAGAGACCUGCUUGAAGUAGAGAGGGAUAAAGCCAAGUGCUGUUUCUAGCACUUCGGGUGAUUUUGUAGGGGGUGUCCACACCACUUCUGAGGAUUCUGUUUCCUCCAACUCCACCCUCUUGUGUAACUGGGCAUCCACUCUGAAAGAGCACACCCGAAGGGGGAGGGGGGCGGGGAAGGACGGCUAAUAAGAGGACGUCACCUACUGAAUUCAACUGAAGGUCAAAAGCCUCUCGUUGGCCUUGGGCUAUGACCAAGGUUCCUCUCUGUCCCUGGAAGAGAGAGGGAAAUGGAGAAUCCCACAGAGAAGCCUGUCGUGCUCAGCGCAGGUUGGCACGGGAUAUGGAGGUGGGUAGGAAGAGAUGAAAAUAGAAGCUUCUUAUUAUUCCUUUUUAGAUAAUAUGCCGACUUAAGUAUUUACAGGGUGGCCCAAGCAGAACAAGAGUCACUCACUGUGGUCUUAAGACAAGCUGUAUAAACAGAGCUCUACUGCAGGAGGUGGGCCCAGGCCAGAAGAAUCUCUGCGUGUCCAAGACAGUGGUCUAAGGAGGAGCCUCUGCAAUGCUGCUGGGGGACAUUGCAUUUUUUUUUUUUUUUUUUUAAUUAGCAAAAGGUAAAAAAGCCUCUUCUGACCUUUUUGCUCUGGGUCUGAGAAUUUACAAUGAGAAGUUUCCUGGAGUUUGCAGGCUGUAAUUCAUACUACACCAUGACAGAUCACAUAAUUCGUUAAGCUCCUUCC